AACAACACGGUCAGCCGCAUCUGGCGGGCCUUCGGAUUGCAGCCCCACCGCACGGAGACCUUCAAGUUGUCGUCGGACCCCUUCUUCAUCGAGAAGGUCAGGGACGUGGUGGGGCUAUACCUGAAUCCACCGGAUCGGGCGUUGGUCCUGUGCGUGGACGAGAAGUCCCAGAUCCAGGCGUUGGAUCGCACCCGUCCGCUAUUGCCCAUGCGCCCGGGACAAGUGGAACGGCGCACCCAUGAUUACCUGCGUCACGGCACCACUUCGCUGUUCGCCGCCUUAGACACCAGGACCGGCAAGGUGAUUGGUCGUUGCCACCAACGGCACCGGGCCGUGGAGUUCCGCAAAUUCCUCGAUACCAUCGAGGCCGAGGUGCCCGCCGACCUCGACGUCCACCUGAUCGCGGACAACUACGCCACCCACAAGACGGCGCUGAUCCGGAACUGGUUUGCCAAGCGGCCCCGCUUCCAUAUGCACUUCACACCCACCAGCGCCUCGUGGCUGAACCUGGUGGAGCGCUGGUUCGGAGCCGAAGCAAGCGGUCUUUAUCGCAAAACGGCUGGCGAUGCCCAUUGGGACAUGCUCACCGAUGGUUUGGCCCCGGCCACCCAGGCCCGGGCGAUCGCGAUUCAUCCCAACGAUCCGCGCACCAUUUUCUGCGGCACGCAACGGGGUGUAUAUCGGAGCACCGAUGGGGGAGACCACUGGCAGCGCAUGAAUAUGACCGAAGGCCGAGUGGUCUGGUCGUUGCGGUUCCAUCCCGGCGAUCCCAACAUCAUGUUUUGCGGGACCGAGGGCGCUGAAGUCUACAAGAGCGUAGACGGCGGGGAGAACUGGACCCAAACCGCCACGAUCUCCAACCCCAGUCAAGUACAAAUGGCAUUCGCAAUGCGCAUUUUGGGCAUAGAUAUUGAGGCUGCCAACCCCAACAAUAUGUACGCUGCGCUGGAGGUUGGCGGAGCGGCCAGCAGCACGGACGGCGGCAAUACCUGGACGAUCCGCAACAGCGAGUUUGAUGGUGACGUGGAUCUGCUGGAUUUGCACGGGGUAGCGGUAGGAGCUGCGGAUUCCGGAUCUGUUUUCAUCUCGAACCGCACCGGCGUUUGGCGCAGCAGCGACCGGGGAACGUCGUGGCAGAACUGCAACUUUGACCAGUUCUCGGAAAUCAAGUAUUCCCGUGGGAUAGUCCGAGAUCCUUCAGAUCCGAAUACGCUCUACGCCUGCGUAGGGAUGAACUUCGGGAGCGAAGAGGGCGGCGUGAUGCGUACGACCAACCUGGGCGAGAGUUGGGAGCGGUUUGACAAGGGCAUCAGCGCGGGCAGCACCACGUUCGGAGUAGCCGUAAACCGACAGGAUCCGUCGCAAGUGUAUUUCUGCACCCGACGGGGCCAGAUAUUCGGCACCCACGACAGCGGAGCAACCUGGGCGGCGGACACGGUACCAGAAACGGCCAUGAACGUAAUCAGCGUGGCCUGCACAUCUGCGUAA